GAGAGAAUGAAACAUAGAGUUCUAGACAGUUGCUUUGCUAUUAUCCAUUAGAACAAACGUGGCACUUCAUAGUUGGUCCACUUAGGAAAACAUGUGGAGCCCUCGUGGCACUUAUCCAUUACGUUUGUGGAAAAUGAAGCUGAUAUUAUAUUGUAUGCAGAGAAUAGGAAUGUGAGGAUGAUGCUUCUAAGGAAUUUUCCAAAUCUUUGAUUAGAAAAAACAAUAGCGAGAGGACGACAUUUUUUGUUUUUUUUGGUGUUAUGAUGGCACAUGGGCCGCACUGCCAGUGCCUUCAUGUACAGAAUAUCUGAUAUAAAUUUGAGACAUUUGUGAUGCAAAUUCAUGCACUGUAAUCUUUCACGUGGUCUGUGUUUGUUGCUCUGUUUUCUUUCCUUUUCAGCAAUCUUAUCUGUUUGUUUUCAAGUGGGUUUUACUUGGAAAGUGUUUUUUUCUUUGAGUUUUGUUUGUUCUAGAGGUAAGUUUUGUUUGGUUGAUUUACGGUGGGAGAAGAAAAAUGGAGGGUCAGAAGAAAGGUAGCUCAUCUUCCUCAUUUACUGCUGAUCUUUUUGGUGCAAAGGAAUACUCACCACCUCAGCAGUCUACUGGGCUUUUUGCAUCUAUUUUUCCACCUCCAUCAAAGGUGGUUGGAAGAAACUCAGCAAGUUCUGAGCUGUUAGGAUCUUGGCAAAAACAGGCCCCAAGAAAUCAAGCAUGGAACAUUAGACAAGGACACUCAGCUAUCCGUAGCGAAGAUGCAUGCCGUAGCAUACCCAACAAGGACAGGAGUUCUGUUCUUCAUGAAGAAAGAGUGGAACCAUGUAAUCUAAGUUCAUCUAUUUACUAUGGUGGGCAAGACAUCUAUUCGCAGUCCCAGAGUACCCAAAUCUCUGGAUCUUCCCCUAUAUUUAAGAAAGAUGAGGGUGAAGAUGAUCCAAAUGCAAGCAAUAGUGCUUCUCGUGGAAAUUGGUGGCAGGGUUCGCUUUAUUAUUAGGACCUUGCCUUCCAAGGCUGUAUGAAUUUUCCAUCUAUUUUUGAAGCUGUUAAACUGCACAUAUGACAGCCUAGAAGAUUUCAUUCUAUCAGUUUAAGCAUUUUUUCUUUUAAUAACUAGAAAGUGCAAAGAUCUUUUUUUAUGGGGAAUACUUUCUUGCUUUUAAAGGAGAAGUUGCCUUUUAAAAUGCAAACUUCACUAUGGAAUAAAGUGUAGGAAGGGCACUUUCUUCUUCUACUACUACUUUUAGUUUCUUCUUGGGAGAACACUAGAUUCUAGAGAUAAUGAUAAACUCAUCCUAAAUAAAACUGUAGGCAUUUUUACUUUCUAUGUCCACAAAUAAGCAUGAGGUUGAAUGUCUCUCUUUCCUUCCUUUUCUAUUUAGUUUAGAAUGCCUUCUCUUUUCAUCUGUAAUAAAUGCUUAUAUAAACCUACUUCAGUCACUAACAGAUGCCUUCUCUUUUCAUAUGUAUUCACAUUUGAUGGGAUUCAUGAAGCCUCGUGAGGAAGUGCAGAAAAUAUGCAAUAUAAAUAAGUAGUUCAUGCAGGCAGAUAAUGCUUAAGUAUGAAGAUGUGUAGCAUAAUAAGC